AUGUCUGCAUUGAAACCUGAGAGCCAGGUUUUACUUAUCGAGGACACGGAGAUGGGAGGGGAUCAGUGGAAACCAGAAUUUAAAAAUGGUGCCGGAAACAGUGGUUUGAAAAUCCGCCGACCACCAGCUGAUCAGCACCUAACAACCAUACAGAUCCCCACAGCUGUGACUGCAGCCUCAUUUCUGAAGCACACAGCACUGACACCGGCUCAGAGGGAGUAUCUGCGCACCAUUGCAUCUUCCUACAGCACUGAACAUGCCCGCAGCCUCAUCACCCAGCACUACUUGAACGUGCUGUACAGGUGUAUACGAGCAGACUACAGUCCCAAAGGAGACACACUACUUGCGGCUCCUGUAGCCUCACCUGAGAAUGACAGAGAAGGUCGUCAGUCAAAAGCACAAUCAGAACAUCCUUCAAGGGCCUCUGAUGCAUCAGAACGCAGAAAGGUUAAGAAAUGACACAAAACACAAACACAAAGAAGAAAAAGUCCAAGAAGAGCCAGGAUCAAACUGUUGGAUGAGGAAGAAGAGGAGGAAGGACCGGAUGAUUCUCUGAGUGAAUGUCUGAGCUCACUCUCUGUGGGAGAAUGGGAGCGUGACAGCUUCUCUGAAUCAUAG